AUGCUUGCAAAGCAAAUAUCGCUCGUUCGAGGAUCGUCGUUGGCAUCCGCUGCUGCCUCGACGUCAGCCUCAACAUCAAGAUGGUCGCCAACACCUUCCACACUGGCAGCUUCGUCUGCACUUCUUCGGAGGCCAAGAGCCAUUGCAAGCCAUCACUUCAGCACAAAAGGCCCUAGCAGUCAGGCGAGUCCAGCUGCAGAGCCACAUCGAGAUCAUCACGAGCAGGACCCAUCAAUACCGUCGCAGCAGCAACAUGACCCAUCCACCAGUGGCUCUUCAGCACCAUCGUCGUCAUCAGCAUCUUCAUCAACAUCAGCCUCUUCAUCAGCAUCAGCAUCCUCACAACGUAGCGACCGUCGCGGUAGAUUCAUGCCCUAUGCUUUCGCUACAGGCUCGCCACUCACGCGUCUCCCCACCCCAUUACCCCCCGACGUCGCCGAGCGCUCCUACAUCCUUCGCAGACAAGUGGGUCCCAAGAGCAAGACCGGAACGCCCAUCCCCGCUUUGUCCCCAGGCAUGCUCGAUCCAGCCAUGAACAGCCUCUCCUUUGGCGACCUCUCCGGCCUCACCAUGAGCAGCACAGACGAGACCUUCUACCCAGCAACCAAAGCCAUCGAGUACCUCGGCAUCCUCAAAGCUUGUCUCGGCACCGGUCUCACCAGUCGUGCGCACAAGGUCUUCUCCGAUUUGCGCGGUCAGGCUGCCGCUCGCUCGCGUGAGCUAUGGGAGCUUCGAAAGCGUCUCGCUCAGGGCAUCGUCGACCAGAACGAUUGGCAUCAAAACCUGGGCGAGCUCGGCGAAUACCGCUCCCCUGUUCAGAUCUGGACCUACAACUCGAUGCUUCAAGCCUAUUUCCGCAAGGCGUAUCAGGCAGAGUCACUGGACGGUACCGCCGAAUGGCUCGACCGUGCAUGGCAGCUCUGGCGCGACAUGGAGACCUCGUCAUCCACCACACAGGGCGAUCAGCCGCCCUCGCCAGACCCCAAACCCAACCCAGCCACCUUCGCCACCAUGGCUCGCGGCAUCGUAGCCUUGCAGCGCUCCGGCAGAUACCCUUCCUCGGCGCCUGCUCUGGAUGACCUCGUCCUUUCCAUCAAGCGCGCCGACUACGGCCUCGACAGCAUCCUCACCUCGUCUGCCUUCAACCCCGAAUCGGCGCAAGAUCUCGAUGUCAACGGUCCACUCGGAUCGAAGAGCAUCGACCAGUCCCGCGAAGGCGAAGUUGAUGCCCAGUCCGUACUCCGCAGUCUCACCGACGUCGCCAGCCAGAUGGGUGAGAGCGGCAUCCUCAAGGAGCUCGAGACAGCACAGAGCAUUCUCGACGGUCGCCGGGUCCUCUCGGAAGCACAGUCGAACAACGCAGCGUCCCUCGAAGACCCGCUUGCCGACAUUCCCGAAUUGCUGCCCGUCAGGACCACCUCGAAAGUGACCCGUCUCGGUCAGGACCCAGAGAACAAAGCCGGUGAGAUGCCCUUCAAUCUUGCCUCUUUGAAGGAGAACCUCUCCAUUGUUCAGGAAGCUCGUCGCAACAUCACCGACCCGUACGAGCGUCAAAAGUGGCUCGAGCACAGUGCGCUCGAAGCAGCCAGAAAACGUCUCGAGCACUCUGCCGAAAAGCUCGAGGAGCUUGGUCUGCAGACCACCGGCGCACUCCAGUCCAAGCCUCUGCAAAGGUGGAUGUGGGAAUGGUACAACAAGUUGCAGACCGUUCUCGAGGAGGACUUGGCUCGUCUCGACCGCGAUGCCAACAGCAGCACGUCAGACACCAGGGGCAUCAUGUCCAUGGAACAGCAGAUUCUCCCCUUCCUCCGACUGCUGCCGCCAUCCAAGCUCGCACUCAUCACCAUCCUCGAGCUCAUGCGAAUGAGCGGAAAUGGCGGCGUCUCGGAUGGCAUGAAGACCACCCGUGCUCUGCUCGCGGUCGGACGUGCUCUCGAGACCGAGUACCACUCCGACGUCGUGCGCAGGAACCCAAAGAUCUUCUCUAAUGCCCACACCGCGCAGACCGUACUUCGAAGCCGCGGUCUAAUCGAUCUGGCCGCUCGUCGCGAGAUCAAGGCUUGGCAGAAGCAACAGGAGGACGAAGGGAUCCUCACCUCGAUCCCCAAAUGGACGCAGGCGGUUCGAGCCCGUGUCGGAAGCUACCUCGUGCAGCACCUCAUGCACGUUGCCACCGUCAACCGCAAGGCUACCGAUCGUGACGGCAUUUUGUGGGAGGAGGACCAGCCCGCCUUCUACUCGACCUACCAGUACCUCGGAGGCAAGAAGUUGGGCGUCAUCAAGCUCAACGAGGUGAUCGCCAAGCGACUCGACAAGGACUCGAUCCAGGAGACAUUGCAUCCCCGCCACCUUCCCAUGCUCGUACCACCCAAGCCAUGGACCUCGCACGACUCUGGCGGAUAUUACUCGGUGCGCCAGAGCGCCAUGCGAUUCAAAGACAGCGCCGAGCAGGGCUCCUACUUGCGGGCAGCUUCUGACAACGGCGACCUCGACACGGUACUCGCCGCUCUGGAUGUCCUGGGAACGACAUCAUGGAAGAUCAAUAAACCGAUCUUCGACGUCAUGGUCGAGGUCUGGAACUCGGGCAAGGACAUUGCAGACAUGCCUCCCGUCGAGAUGGAAGCAGCGGAACCGCAGAAGCCCGACAACUACGAGCACGACAUCAAGGCUCGUUCCGUCUACCUGCAGCGACUCAAGCAGUGGAACCAGCAGCGCGCCUCGAACCACUCGCAGCGUUGCGACGUCAACUACAAGCUCGAGAUCGCCCGUGCUUACGUCGGCGAGCGCUUCUACUUCCCGCACAACAUGGACUUCCGCGGACGCGCCUACCCGAUGCCACCGCACCUCAAUCACAUUGGCAAUGACCUUUGCCGUGGUCUACUGAUGUUCGCUGACAGCAAGCCGCUGGGCAAGGCUGGUCUGCGCUGGUUGAGGAUCCACAUCUCCAACGUGUUCGGUUACGACAAGGCCAGCUUUGCCGAGCGAGAGCAGUUCGCCAUCGACCACGAGGCCGACAUCCGCGACAGCGUGGAGCGACCGCUUGACGGCAACCGAUGGUGGCUAAAAGCCGACGACCCAUGGCAGUGCUUGGCCUCGUGCAUGGAGCUCAAGGCAGCUCUCGAGCAUCCCGAGGGACCGGAAGCGUACGAGUCGUCCCUUCCCGUCCACCAGGACGGCACCUGCAACGGUCUCCAGCACUACGCCGCGCUCGGUGGUGACCUGGCCGGUGCCAAGCAGGUCAACCUGUCUCGCGGUGAGCGACCCGCCGACGUCUACUCCGGUGUCGCCGACCUCGUCAUCAAGGUGCUCGACGAGGAGGCGACCAAGGGCGAUCGUCUCGCUCAAGUGCUCCAGGGCAAGGUGACGCGCAAGGUGGUCAAGCAGACGGUCAUGACGACCGUCUACGGUGUCACGUUCAUCGGCGCCAAGAACCAAGUCAUGCGUCAGCUCGCCGACCGAGGCGAUGUCCCCGCCGAGGACCUCUUCGCAGCCGCCAGCUACCUGGCCAAGAUCAUCAUGUCGUGCAUCGGCAACCUGUUCUCCGGCGCGCAGAAGAUCCAGGACUGGCUCUCCUUCUCCGCCAAGGUGAUCGCCAAGUCGAUCCCGGCUCAGCGACUCGAGGAGGCCACACGACCGUACCAGCCCACAGACGCGAGUCUUCGUCGCGCCGACGCGCGCGGCUACUCGCGCGACACGGCCAAAGCCGACCGCAUCGUCAAGGAGCAGAUGACCUCCGUUAUCUGGACCACUGCGCUCGGUCUGCCCGUCGUCCAGCCCUACCGCAAGUCCAAGAAGAAGCAGGUCUCGACCGCCCUUCAGACGGUGUUCAUCCACGACCCGCUGUCCAAUUCGGAAGUCUCCCCUGCCAAACAGGCGUCGGCGUUCCCGCCCAACUUCAUCCACUCGCUCGAUGCGACGCACAUGAUCCUCACGGCGCUCGAGUGCCACGCGGCCGGACUGACGUUCGCCUCGGUGCACGAUUCGUACUGGACGCACGCGGCGGAUAUCGAUACGAUGAGCGACAUGAUUCGCGAGACAUUUGUUCGAUUGCAUAGCCAGGACAUUUUGACGAGGUUGCGAGAGGAGUUCAUGCAGCGGUACGAGGGGUAUAAGGUGCCGGUGGUGAGUUUGAAGCGGCAGAACAGGAAGCGGGGCGGCAAGGCGGCCAAGGGUGAGGAAGAGGAUGAAAGGGAUGCUGCGGCGCCGUCGGAUGCGGUGCUCGCCGUGCCCGAGGACCAGCUGGCCAAGCUCAACGGUCAGGAGGGCGAUGUGGUGCUCGCCAAAGCUGGCACGUCGUCCGAUGCCGACAGCGCUGACGGCGAGGAGGUCACCGAGGAUGACGUCGCAGAAGAGCAAGACGAGGCGGAAGCACCAAAGAAAAAGCUGGGUCGCAGGAGCAAGAAGGACAAGGACGCAGAGUGGGAGACCAAGUUCAAGGCCAAGUUUGUCGAUCUGGCCGACAUCCUGCCCGCCAUCCCGGCCAAAGGCUCGUUCGACGUCAACGAGAUCAAGGGCUCGCUGUACUUCUUCUCCUAG